AUGACAUCCAAUAUUAAAAUCCUUAAACCUUCGGAUCCACAAGGUUCAAAUUUAUUAUCUCAAGAAAGAGCCAGAACAACGUUCGAUGUUAAAAAACUUACUUUGGCGUUGUAUGGUUCCAAAGAAUUGGAACGUCUUAAUAGAAUUUUAGAAAUAGUGGAAAACGAUCCAGUGUUCGAUAAGUCUAAAAUAUAUUAUAUGGGAAGAAAUGAAUUAUUCGAACACGCUUUGAAAAAAGACAAGAGAUUAGUACAAUUGAUCAAAAAACAUAGAUGGGAUGUUGAAGAAACUCAUAUCGCUGAAUUAUUCCUUGAUUUGCCAGGGCCCGUAAGGAUGUUCAUACCAACUAUUUUCGGUCAAGGUACUGAAGAACAAAAAAAGAAAUUCCUUAUUCCAGCUAUUAAAUAUGAAAUCAUCGGAUGUUAUGCACAGACCGAAUUAGGUCACGGCUCCAAUGUUCAAGGGUUAGAAACGACUGCAACCUAUAUUCCAGAAACAGAUGAAUUUGAAAUACAUUCUCCUCAUUUGACUGCCUCUAAAUGGUGGAUUGGAGGUUUAGGAAGAACCGCUAAUCAUGCUGUCAUCAUGGCACAGUUGAAAAGUAAUGGAAAGGAUUUUGGUCCUCAUCCAUUUAUCAUUCAGAUUCGAGAUAUGGAAACGCAUCAACCCUUAUCUGGUAUCACAAUUGGAGACGUUGGUCCCAAAUUUGGGUACAAUGCCACCGAUAAUGGGUUUAUGCUCUUUGAUCACGUACGAAUUCCAAGAUCCAACAUGCUCUCCAAAUACUCACAAAUAAAGGAGGGUACGGGAGAAUAUAUAAGUCCACCGAAUGAUAAAUUAUCUUAUGGUACCAUGGUUUUUGUACGUGCCAUGAUUGUCACGGGUGUACGCGUUGCACUUGCGCGUGCUGCCACGAUUGCAAUUCGUUAUUCUGCUGUGCGAAGACAAUUUGUUGACAAAGAUGAACCAAAGAAAUUGGAAAACGGUCGAAUAGUUGAAACGUCAAUAUUGGAUUACACUAUGCAACAAUAUAGAUUGUUUCCUGUAAUCGCCCAAGCUUACGCGUGUUUCUAUACAUCUAAAGCUAUGGUUGACUCAUACUUGAAUUACAUGAAACAAAGUUCUGGUGGUGACUUUUCUUCAUUAGCAGAUUUACAUGCCUCAAGUUCGGGAUUAAAAUCUUUGGCAACUUCAAUGGCAGUGGAUUCAAUCGAAGAUUGUAGAAGAGCAUGUGGUGGUCAUGGAUAUUCAAGUUUCAGUGGAUUUGUUACCUUUUAUCAAAAUUAUUUGCCAAAUACAACUUGGGAGGGUGAUAAUUAUAUCUUGACGCAUCAAACUGCUCGUUAUGUAAAAGUAGUAUCAAAUAAGAAUCCCGAAGCAUACUCUCAAUCCAAUACGAAUCCAACAAUUACUUAUAUUCUUCAAUUUCUAAAUAAUCCAAAUCAAACUUGUACCGCAACUACACCAUCGGAUUUCAAAAAUCACGAACUCCAAUUAAGGGCAUUUGGACAUCGAGCGGCAUACCUAAUUGCCAAUGCAGUUGAUCAAAUUGAUAAUCAUAAAAAAUCAUGGAAUUCCAUGUUAAUUGAAGUCAACAGGAUUUCACGCGCACACUGUCAAUAUAUCCUGGCAAGAAAUUUUAUAACGGCACUUCAGAAAAGUCAUCAACCGAACGAAGAUGAAAGGUUACGCGUAUUACAUGAUAAUCCUGAUUUAAUGGAAGUUAUGAACUCUGUAUGCAAUUUAUUUGUAUUAAACACUAUGGAAAAAGAAUUGGGAGAAUUCCUUGAAUGUGGAUAUAUAACAUCAUCUCAAUCUAAAUUAAUAAGAUCUCAGGUUUAUGAUUUAUUAAAAGAGAUAAGACCAAAUGCUGUUAGUUUGGUUGACGCGUUCUACAUUCCCGAUUUUAUGUUACAAUCCGCACUUGGAAGAUAUGAUGGUAAAGUUUAUGAAACGAUGUUUGAUUGGGCUUCUAAAGAGCCAUUGAACGAAAUUACCUUGGACGUCAAUCCUAAUAGCGAAGUUUUAUUUAGAAACAAUGAUUAUAAAGGAAUGGCUAGACUAUAA